CUCUCAAUGUAUCAUUGCAAUGUCAUUCCUGUAUGCCUGUAGUUUAGGAAUGUGUCUUUUGAUCUAUGCGGACUGCAGUGACAUGAGUAUUGAGGUCCAUGGUGUUUCUAUUUUAUUUCUCUGUAGGAAUGGAAGACGUCGAUAGAUGUGAGGAGGAGCUUAUUGAGUAUGCCAUUCGAGAGAGUAUUCGAGAUGUAUCAAUAGACAGCAUGCCAACAGUCAGUGGUGACUAUCUGAGGAUAGUGACUGCCAUCGAGCAAGGUGAUGUGUGUACCCUGCAGGAGCUGUCUGGGUUGCAGGCUUUUACAGAGAGGGACAGCAGAGGGUGGCUUCCCCUACACAGAGCCGCUGUGCAGUCCCAGGGAGAGGUCUUGGAUCAGGUCCUGCUGGCUUCCUGUGAUGUGACUGUGGAUGAUGUGACUGCAGAAGGUGACACAGCGUUGAUUCUGGCUGCUCAGGAGGGUCUGCUGGAGAACGUCAGGACUCUACUGCAGCAUGGAGCGUCUCCACACAAAACCAACAGCCUGAACGAGUCCCCACUGCUGCUCGCGGUGAGAGAGGGAUCAUAUGACAUGGUGUCCACUCUGAUCAUUUGUGGGGCCUUCGUGGAACAGGUGUGUCUGAAGAAGUGGAUGGCCAUUCACGAGGCAGCUAAGGUGGGCUGCAGUGCCAUCCUGGUGCUUCUGCUGAGACAUGGGGCCAAGGUGACAGCUGUAGAUGGGCACAAUGUCACCCCGCUGGGCAUCGCAGCAGAGUACGCCCACGUGGAGGUCCUGGAUAUACUCAUAAAGAACGGUGGCGACGUAAACGCCCAGGCAUAUAACGGAGACAGUGUUCUGUACGAUGCAGCCGGCUCAGGGAACCUGGACUGCAUAUACCUCCUCCUGCAAGCUGGAGCCAACCCUAACAUUGCCAGUCUGGCCUGCCAGCUGCCCAUACACAGAGCUGCCUAUGAGGGACACAUCCUUGCUCUGAGGACCUUCAUCCCCAUCACAACUAAGAGGGCCAUCCGUCUGUCUGGCCAGAGCCCAGUCCACUCGGCAGCAGAUGGAGGCCAUGUUGACUGUCUGGAGCUGCUCAUAGAGAAAGGCUUCGAUGUCAACGCUCAGCUGGACACACACAUCUCAGAGAACUACGGGGACAUGAGGCGGAGUCCGCUGUACUUCGCCGUAUCCAACAGUGAUCUCACCUGCACAGAGAUGCUGCUGGCUGCCGGCGCCAAAACUGACCUGGACCCGCUACGCUGCUUCCUGGUGGCUGUACGCGCUGGGAGGUAUGAGCUGGUGCGUCUGCUAUUGUCCAGGGGUGCCGAGGUCAACUGCUACUUCAGAAUGAUCAGUGACACACUGUUUCCCACCGCGUUGCAGUACUGUCUCAGAGAUCACAUGAUUCUGCGCCUGCUGCUCAACAACGGCUACGACGUAGACAAGUGCUUCAUGUGUAACCAUGGCAACGGGCAGGAUAUGGACUGCGACUCCUGGGUCGACUACCGAAAUAACCAUAGAAGAACUUUAUUUUAUAACCAGGACUGCAGAGCUCCGUUCUGUGAAAUCAUCUCCCUGUCGUCGGUGGUCAACCUGGCGGGGAGUGUGGUACGGAUGCUUCUGGACUACAUCAGACACCCACGUAUCUGCCCCAACCUCCUACGGGUCCUGGAGAAACAGAAAGAGUGGCCAGACAUCUGUGACAUUCUGGACAACCCGCGGUCCCUGCAGCACCAGUGUCGUUUGGUCAUUAGGAGACAGAUGACCCCUAGAAGACUGAAUGACCCUCAGGUCAUGGCUGCCGUACCGUUCCCCCCGUCACUCAAACACUACCUCACCUACAGGGAGAACGACGAGUAUGGUGGGUUGGCAGCCACACACUCAUAAGAGGACUAUAUCAAUGAAAACAUAUUUAGAAGAAAAAACGAUCCUGUUCUGUACAUAACUGAUCUAUCACAUAAUGCUUUAGCUCAUAUACUUGUGCUUAUAUGAGGUAUGGCAAGUGUACUUGUUGUGUAAUGUUUGUAAUUACUACAUUUAUUGUCACACUGAUAUAUGCUCUCUGAAUAGUCUGAAUAGUCCUUACCACAGUACAUCUACUUCUACUAGACUGCACACAUUAGACAGCACAGCUGUGCAUCAUGGUACAGUGCAUGUAGUGUGAUCUACUCUUCAAGAUCUCCCCAUGGGAAAAGCAGGUCAUGACUAAAAAUAACUCUCAGAGCUCAUUCAGUUUAUACAUAGAGCUAAACACUCACUGGACACUGGUCUGAAUGACUCUGCUGCAAUGGACUGUUGACUUUUACAGUGACCCUGACACCUACCUGACUCAUUAGACCAGGGCUUAAAUCUAGAGAGAUCUAGACAUCCAUAUUAUACCCUCGAGGUUCUGGGAGUUAGUUGUGGAGCUCUGGAUCUGAGACUGUGUUCUCACUAGCCCUGUUUAUACCUGGUGCUAACAUGGAUUCUUUGUCCUGAUCUUGUCCACAUUCUGAUUGUGCCCACAUUUUUAGACAUGUGUAGACGAUUAAAAGAUGCAUUGUGAUCAGAUUUCCCUGACAACCUCCGGAGGUAGUCAGGCGUGCAAGUGUAGACAGAUCUGGACAGUGAAACAAUUUAAAUCAUCAUUAUCCAGUACUCUAAAAUCCUUGACAAGUGACUCAAUAUGAGUCUUAAAAUAAGUAAAUACAUGAAAGAAUGUCUGAAAAUGUGAAUAUUGACAAGAUCAGGACAGGAUGCAUGUUUGCACCAGGUAUAAACAAGGCUACGGAGGCCUGUUGGGUGUACUACAAAGCAGAAUCAAUGAGUUAGCCAGCUAACUUUGAUAAACAACCAGAAAUAACUAUACAUUUUCAGGUUUAUUAUGAAAGCUUAACUUAGAUACUGUAUGUGUUUUUGGAAGUUGAAUCAAUUAGACCAUUCCAAGCGUAUCUUUCUGAAACAAAUAAGAAGUCAUUUCAGAAUAUUUAGGAGUUAGCUGGCUAACUCAAUGAUCCUGCUGUGUAGUGCAACCCUCAACUCAACUCUCCCUGGCACACAGAGAGGGUAUGAGCCAGAUCUCGUAACAUUCCCCAAAUACAUGUUAGGAUUUUGGCUGUUUUCCCAAAGCAAAGUCAAGUAACCCUAAAAUACCAUUUGGUGGUAAUGUUACAAUCAGCAUCCACACACAUGACUAUAGUCCUAUGCAGUGCCUGGUAUCCUCCACUCCAACCAAGCCUUAGGCCUUUACAGUUGCUGUAUUCAGAAAUCAUAUAGUUUAUUUAUUUAACUAGGCAAGUCAGUUAAGAAAAUAUUCUUAUUUUCAAUGAUGGCCUAGGAACAGUAGGUUAAACUGCCUUGUUCAGGUGCAGAAUUACAUAUUUUUCACCUUGUCAGCUCAGGGAUUUGAUCUUGCAACCUUGCGGUUACUAGUCCAACGCUCUAACCACUAGGCUAUCUGCCGCCCCAGUGAAAUGUUUCAAGUGAAGCUCACCCCAGGUAACUCACUGAACCAAACGUGGGUUCUGUUGUUGUGAAGGCACAGCUAGCGGAGGGUAGACAAGAGUAGCAUGGUCCAAUGUAGAAUUACGUUGAGAGAGUUCUAGCGUUGCCAGACUAUUGUUGUUAUCUGAACAGCAGCAUUCCUGCCCUGUCAACACCAGCUUGCCGCUCAGAGACACAGUGGAGUGGAAACUGUGUUCCUACCCACUAGUCAUACCAUAGACCAUGGAUCUCCAACCCUGUUUCUGGAGAGCUGACCUCUUGUAGGCUUUUGCUCUAAUCCCAGUUUUAUCUAACCUGAUUCAGCUUAUCAACCAGCUAAUUAUUAGAAUCAUGUGAGCUAGAUUUGUUAUUUGUUAUUUUGUUAGGAUCCCCAUUAGCAGCGACUCCUCCUGGGGUCCACACAAAACAUGAAAACUUGACAUAAUACAGAACAUUAAUAAACAGCUCAAGGACAGAAUUACAUACAUUUUAAAAAAAGGCACACAUACUGAAGCCUAGAUAUCAAUACAUACACACAAAUAUCUAGGUCAAAUAGGGGAGAGGCGUUGUGCCGUGAGGUGUUGCUUUAUCUGUUUUUUGAAACUAAGUUUGCUGUUCAUUUGAGCAAUAUGAGAUAGAAAGGAGUUCCGUGCAAUAACGGUUUUAUAUAAUAUUGUACGCCUUCUUGAAUUUGUUAUGGAUUUGGGGACUGUGAAAAGACCCCAUGUGUGUAAGUUGACUACGCAAACAAUUUUGAAUUUUCAACACUGUAAUGUUUCUUAUAAAAAUAAGUGAUGCAGUCAGUCUCUCCUCAUCUCUUAGCCAAGAGAGACUGGCAUACAUAGUAUUUAUAUUAGCCCUCUGAUUACAAUGAAGAGCAAGAUGUGCCACUCUGUUCUGGGCCAGCUACAGCUUAACUAGGUCUUUUGCAGCAUUUGACCACAUGACUGGACAAUAAUCAAGAUAAGACAAAACUAGAGUCUGCAGGACUUGCUUAUUGGAGUAGCAGAACAACACUUUAUUAUGGACAGACCUGUCCACAUCUUUACAACCAUUGAAUCUAUAUGUUUUGACCAUGACAGUUUACAAUCUAAGGUAACACCAAGUAAUUUAGUCUCCUCAACUUGUUCAACAGCCACACAAUUCAUUACCAGAUCCAGCUGAGGUCUAGAGCUUAGGGAAUGAUUUGUACCAAAUACAAUGCUCUUAGUUUUAAAGAUGUUCAGGACCAGUUUAUUACUGGCCACCCAUUCCAAAACUGACUGCAACUCCUUGUUAAGGGUUUAAGUGACUUCAUUAGCUGUGGUUGCUGACACGUAUAUGGUUGAAUCAUCAGCAUAUACGGACACACAGGCUUUGUUUAAUGUCAGUGGCAGGUCAUGGGUAAAAAUAGAAAACAGUAGAGGGCCUAAAGAGCUGCCCUGCGGCACACCACACCCUACAUGUUUGACAUUAGAGAGAUUCCCAUUAAAGAAAAGGUUGAAAAGCCAUAAAACAUCAGUUUAGUCAACAACAGUUCAUGGUCAAUAAUAUCAAAGGCUGCACUGAAAUCUAACAGUACAGCUCCCACAAUCUUCUUCUUAAUUUCUUUCAACCAUUCAUCAGUCAUUUGUGUCAGUGCAGUACAUGUUGAGUGCUCUUCUCUAUAUGCUGAAAGUCUGUUGUCAAAUUUGUUUACUAAGAAAUAGCCUUGUAUUUGGUCAAACACCAUUUUUUCACACUGUUUGCUAAGAGCGGGCAUCAAGCUGAUAGGUCUGCUGUUAGAACCAGUAAAGGCUGCUUUACCACUCUUGGGUAGCAGAAUGAACGUGGCUUCCCUCCAGUCCUGAGGACAAACACCUUCCUCUAGACUCAGAUUAAAGAUAUGACAGAUAGGAGUGGCGAUAGAGUCAGCUACCAUCCUCACGAGCUUUCCAUCUAUGUUGUCAAUGUCAGGAGGUUUGUCAUUAUGGAUCGAAAACAAAACAUUUUCCACCUCUCCCACACUGACUUUACAAAAUUCUAAUUUACAAUUUUCUUUCGUUUUUUGAUGCAUGAAUAUGAUGUUUCACUGUUCAUUGUUGGCAUUUCCUGCCAAAGUUUUCCCACUUUGCCAAUAAAGUACUUAUUAAAAUAAUUGGCAACAUCAAAUGGUUUUGUGAUGAAUAAGCCAUCUAGAUUAGGGUUGAAGUGAACAGGAACAGGGUUGAAGAACCCUGCCAUAGACAUUCUCUCUGGUCACACUAAAGAAAAUACUACGAGUACUAUGAGUACUACAAGUCUUUGGUCAUCUACCUAAACAGCCUGGCCUCAGAACCAUAUGAAACAUACUUACACAUUUUUUAGCACCUCCGUAUGAUACUUACUAAGGGUCUCGCUACUUGAGACAGAAACAAAAGUAGGGAAUUUGUUCAAGGGGGAUUGGUGAGAGUAAUCUGCAACCAUCUAGCAUUCCAAAGGUUGAGCGUUCGAGCUAAUGGGGAGACAACUGUAGGAUUUUAGCUAAUUCUUAUCCUAAACUUAACCCAAUUCACCUAACCUUCUACUUAAAUUUGCCUAACCUUUGUCAUUAAUUCACUUAACCACCAACUUAAAUCCUCCCCAUAAUUCUCCUCUGUUGACAAGAUGCAACAAGCAACCUGGUCUCAGAGAAAGAAGUAUAAUACUUUAAUGAUUAUCAUCCAAUUCAUAUAUUAUUGUACGAUUGGGUAAGACAUAUCCCACUUCCCAAACUGGUUUACUCAAUGUUGUUUCAAUGUAAUAGUAGACGUAUUGUGACGUGGAAUGUCUUGGACAAUACAUUGGAUUUGAAAAGAGUAAUUCAUGUCAAUUGUUGUUUAUAACAACGUCAGAUCUUCAAUGUAAUAUCCACUAUCAGAAAGAAAAAAACAAACUGGGUAGCACCUCCUACUGGAGAAUUGAUCUAUCUAUGUCUCCUAGGGGUUAUGGAUUAUGCAGUGUUACUUAAAAAUAACAUUCUAAUAGAAAACGGUACCUAGUAGGUAUUUAGGCCUAUAUAGCAUUUGCAGUCAGCAACAGCUAUUGUUUCAAUUCAACCCAGAAUUCAACAAAAAUUAGACAAUUCAAUAGGCCUAGCAUUUCAAACUCUGGUUGAUUUGAAAUGUAGUGAUAUUGAAUUGUGUUUGGUUGUCAAUGGAACCAAAUAUCAACAUUCGAAGGAGAUGUAUAUUUUGCUUGGAUAGUUUCAUCUGUGCCACUAAAUUAGUCAGGCUUUAAUUCCAGUUUGUCUACAAAUGAAUAAUUGAUAUGUUGGACUCACGUCUCCAUCUCAACCAAAAAUCGAAGUAAA